AUGGCGAGGACCAUCAUUGCCUUGAAGGACGGGUGGGAGUUCAGAGCAAAAAGUACCAGCGCUCCCGAGGGGACAAGAUCUUGGAGUCCGGCACAGCCCAUACCAUCGACGGUCCAUCAAGAUCUACUUGCUAUCAACGCCAUUCCUGAUCCAUUCUUAGCAAAAAAUGAAGCAGAAGUCCAAUGGGUCGGAGAGCAAGCAUGGACAUAUCGGAAAAACUUUACUGUCCCGCACGAUGCACGCCGAGACUUGAACGUGCAAAAGCACCUUGUAUUCGAGGGGUUGGACACGUACGCUACAGUCUGGCUGAAUGGCAAAGAGAUCCUCAAGUCGGAGAACAUGUUUGUCACUCACAGGAUAGAUGUCUCAGAUGUUCUACUCGAUCAUGAGGGAUCGAACCUACUGGAGGUGGCUUUCGACAACGCCGAACAGAAGGGAGACGAAGAAGUUGCCCAGCAUCCUAACCACGUAUGGGGUACAUUCAACUCUGGCGAAGCUCGACUGGCGACAAGAAAAGCGCAGUACCACUAUGGCUGGGACUGGGGACCGAAACUGAUGACAUGCGGCCUGUGGAAGCCUGCGUACCUCGAGCUUUUUCAAUCCCGUAUCAGUGACCUCUCAGCCCAAGUCAGUCUAUCGCCAAACCUCCAGGAAGCGGAUAUUCAUGUUGCACUGGAAGCGUCAGGUAGAGCAAGUCAUGCUGUAAUUGAGCUUCAGCACGAAGGGACUACACUUGCAUCGAAGUCCGUUCAGAUAAAGCCUAAGCAAGCCUCGAAUACGACCAUUUCCGUGAAGCAGCCAAAGCUGUGGUGGCCUCACACAUUCGGCGAACAGCACAUGUACAACCUCAAGGCCACUAUUUACGCUUCUGAGGACGACAAGAUCACCCACGACACAACGACUCGCCGAAUCGGAUUGCGCAAGAUUGAGCUGGUACAGCAUCCAUUCUCAGAGCAAGAAGGCACCAGUUUCUACUUCAAAGUCAACAACAUUCCGAUCUUCUCAGCAGGCUCCAAUUGGAUUCCUGGUCACUCAUUCCUACCUCAAAUGACCCCUUCGACAUAUCAAAAAUGGGUCUUGGCAGCCAAAGAGUCCAAUCAAGUGAUGAUCCGCGCAUGGGGAGGUGGAGUCUACGAAGACGAGUCGUUCUACGACGCAUGCGAUGAACAAGGCAUACUGGUCUGGCAAGACUUCAUGUUCGCUUGCGGCAUGUUCCCUGCCUAUAAAAGCUUCCUCGAUAAGAUCGAAGUCGAAGUAAGAGACAAUCUUCGGAAGCUCCGGCACCAUCCAUGCGUGGCCCUAUGGUGCGCCAAUAACGAGGACUACGUUAUACCCCUCCUCAGUGGCAUCGAGUACGACGCUGAAGACAAAGACCCCGAGUCGAUUUUGAAAUCCACAUUCCCAGCACGGUAUACCUACGAACACUUGCUGCCCAAGCUAUGCAAGGAGCUGGUGCCCGACACCCCAUAUUGGCCCGGCUCCCCAUUUGGCGGCUCCAUGUGCAAUAGUCCGACCGAAGGCGACAUUCACCAAUGGCAUGUCUGGCAUCUCGAGAAGUUUCCCUACCAAGACUUCCCAAGACUGAGCGGACGCUUCGUGAGCGAAUUCGGUAUGCAGGCGAUGCCGAGCUUGCGCACUGCUCAGGAGUUCUUCCCAGCGGACGACAAAUUGCUUGACGGGAGAGACUAUUCCGAGGAUGAGUUUGUGCAGUACCACAACAAGUGCGGCGGCGGGGCCGAAACACUCCACAAGUACUGCGAAGAUAACCUUCCUCUCGAGAAGCACAGUCUGUCCAAGUAUAUCUACUGCACACAACUGCUGCAAAGCGAGACAGUCGCCACAGCCUUCAGAUCGUGGAAGAGACUAUGGCGAGGAAAUGACAGAGAUUUCUGCGGCGGAGCGCUCAUCUGGCAAUUGAACGAUUGCUAUCCUGUGACCUCCUGGAGUCUUAUAGACUCUAACCUGCGGCCGAAGAUGAGCUUCUGGGCAACGAAGCGAGAGAACAAGCCUAUAACCGCGGGCUUGCAACGAGUCCACAACCAUGGCAACACACAUAUCGAAGUCUGGGCUGUCAACACCACGUUGAGGGUGGUUACUGUCGAUGUCCAAGUCCGGGCCUGGAACGUUGCAGGUGGGAAGGCGUUAUGGUCACGUACGCUACAUUCCGGUCUCCGACUGCCAUCAAACCAAAGUCUGGAGCUCGGUGUCAUCGACCCCAAUGUCGUUGGCUUGAAGUCUUCUCAGCACUACAAGGACGUAGUGUUUGUGGUUGACCUCAUCGAAGGGCGUAGUGGCGAGGAUUCGAUCACUCUGGAUCACACCAUCAACUUUCACGAGCCGCUCAAAGAGGUGUCUUUCGUGCGGCCGACAGAACUUCAGGUCAAGAUUGUGUCGGCUCGGGGUGACACGUUUGUCGAAUUGAAGUCGCCUUGUGCUUUGAAGGGCGUGUUGCUGGAGGUCACUGGCCCAGACACGGUUGCUGACGAGGUGACAUGGGACGACAAUGGCUUCGAUACGCUGCCAGACCAAGUGUUACGGGCUAAAGUGUCUGGGUUGCGCGUUGGGAAUGAGGAUAAGUUGAAAGCGGAGUACAUGAAGUCUUCGUCGUAG